AUAAUUCUUGCUUCAGUGGAAAGAGAGAGAAAAGUUAAAAAAGGAAUACUAAGAGAGGAAAAAAAAAAAAAAAGCAUGGGGAGAGCUCCUUGUUGUGACAAAGCUAACGUCAAGAAAGGCCCAUGGUCACCUGAAGAAGACACCAAGCUCAAGGCAUACAUCGAGCAGCAUGGCACUGGCGGAAACUGGAUCGCUUUGCCUCACAAAAUUGGCCUUAAGAGAUGUGGGAAGAGCUGCCGCCUCAGAUGGUUAAACUAUCUCCGCCCAAAUAUUAAGCAUGGAGGAUUCUCCGAAGAAGAAGAUAAAAUUAUUUGCAGCCUCUAUAUCAGUAUUGGGAGCAGGUGGUCUAUUAUUGCUGCACAAUUACCGGGGAGGACUGAUAACGAUAUAAAGAACUAUUGGAACACAAGGCUUAAGAAGAAGCUUCUGGGCAAGCAACGCAAAGAGCAUCAGUCUCGAAGAGGCAACAGCCUAAAGCAAGAUAUGAAGAGAUCAUCAGCUAGUGUGGGGGAUUCCAUGGUUCCUGCAGAUAACAUCAAUCAAAUCCCUUACUGGCCAGAGCUGCCUGUGCUGGCUGCGGCGGCGGCUCCCAUACCGCACUCAAGUCAAGAACAUCGCAUUGACAGCCAAGCCUCGAUGAGAAGAUUACUAAUCAAGCUUGGGGGAAGAUUUUCUGAGGAUGAUCAUGUGGUUAAUGAUGGGACAACUCUUCAUCAGUUUCCUAAUGAUUUAUCCACUACUGAUCAGGAUCUUUACGAGCAGACUGUCUAUGUGCCCUCUUCUUCUUCUUCUUCUCCCAUGGAUGCCUUGAGCUUAAGCAAUAACAUCGGUUCUCAGUUUGUGAACUCUCAGUUCGCCAUAGAUGGAGGGAAUCUGCCCAUUCUGCAAGGACAAAGCACUACUUUUUCAUCAGAGCUCCAGGAAAUGGGAUAUAGCAGCAACCCACAGAGAUUAGAUGGAAUGGAGUUCUUAUAUGGGGAAGGCAUGGUCGAUAAUAGAGGCGUGAAUCCUUGUGAAAGCAUUGGCUGGGGUGACACUAGCUCUCUGGUUGGCCCUCCUUGUGCUUCGGAAUAUGGAGUCAUGCAACAAGGAAUGCUUCAAGAAUAUGGUUUUAGUGAGAUGAGGUACCCAGGAGGAGCGCAAUAGCAUAGGAAAUGGUGGUGUUGGAAAUUGGAAUCAUACACCAAAAACCCUAAUAAUAAUCUCGUUGAAUUACAUGCUUGCUUUCUUUGUUCAUGCUUAAUCAAUCAAUAGUGACUGUAAUUUAUCUUGUGUUUUA